GAAGCCAACUCCUCACACACCGGAUUCUUUGGAUGGGAAGAGACCUUGAAAGAACCUCUAGCUUAUCCUGCAACUUCAGUCAAUAUCCCACUUAAAUCAUCCCAGGUAAUAGACAAGAGGAAACCUAACCACUGACUGUGGAAUGAUAUGGAAGAAGAUGGAAAAAACUUGUUUAAUGGUCUAUUUGUUGAAGAAACUGAGCCCUUUGUCCUGUAGAAUUUCCUUCAGUCUGAAUAUAGGUUAAGAGAGUGGCAACUUCUCUAAGACAUGGAUAGAUGCAAACAUGUAGGGCGCUUACGGCUGGCCCAGGACCACUCCAUCCUGAACCCUCAGAAGUGGUGCUGCGUGGAGUGCGCCACUACCGAAUCUGCGUGGGCCUGCCUCAAGUGCUCCCAUGUGGCCUGCGGCCGCUACAUUGAAGACCACGCCCUGAAGCACUUUGAAGAAACGGGACACCCGCUAGCCAUGGAAGUCCGGGACCUCUACGUCUUCUGCUACCUGUGCAAAGACUACGUGCUCAAUGAUAACCCGGAGGGGGACCUGAAGCUGCUGAGGAGCUCCCUCCUGGCGGUCCGCGGCCAGAAGCAGGACCAGCUGGCGAGACGCGGGCGGACGCUGCGGUCCAUGGCUUCAGGCGAGGACGUGCUCCCGCCUCAGCGCGUUCCUCAGGGACAGCCGCAGAUGCUCACCGCUCUGUGGUACCGGCGCCAGCAUCUGCUGGCCAAGACGCUGCGGCUGUGGUUCGAGAAGAGCUCCCGGGGCCGGGCGAAGCUGGAGCAGCGGCGGCAAGAGGAGGCGCUGGAGCGCAAGAAGGAGGAGGCGCGGCAGCGGCGGCGCGAGGUGAAGCGGCGACUGCUGGAGGAGCUGGCCAGCGCACCCCCACGCAAGAGCGCACGGCUGCUGCUGCACACGCCCCGCGCCGCUGGCCCAGCCGCCCUGCCUGGCUCCCGCCACCCUUCCGCCUCCGCCACGUUCAAGCCACGCCGCCAGCCCGCCGUGGCCCCGGGUGUCACUGGCCUGCGCAACCUGGGCAACACCUGCUACAUGAACUCCAUCCUCCAGGUGCUCAGCCACCUCCGGAAGUUCCGGGAGUGUUUCCUGAACCUUGAUCCCUCCAAGACGGAGCAUCUGUUUCCUAGAGCCACCAACGGCAGGGCUCAGCUUUCCGGCAGGCCGGCCAGCAGCUCGGCCACCGAGCUGUCUGCCAGAAGUGACAGGACCGAGGCAUGCGAGCGGGAGGGCCUCUGCUGGAACGGUGGGCCCUCCAUCAGCAGGAGCCUGGAGCUCAUCCAGAACAAGGAGCCCAGCUCGAAGCACAUUUCCCUCUGCCACGAACUGCACACCCUCUUCCGAGUCAUGUGGUCCGGGAAGUGGGCCCUGGUAUCGCCCUUCGCCAUGCUUCACUCGGUGUGGAGCCUGAUCCCGGCCUUCCGCGGCUACGACCAGCAGGACGCGCAGGAGUUUCUCUGCGAGCUGUUGCACAAGGUGCAGCAGGAGCUCGAGUCUGAGGGAACCACACGCCGAAUCCUCAUCCCCUUCUCCCAGAGGAAGCUCACCAAACAGGUCUUAAAGGUGGUAAAUACUAUAUUCCACGGGCAGCUGCUCAGCCAGGUCACAUGUAUAUCAUGCAAUUACAAAUCCAAUACCAUUGAGCCCUUUUGGGAUCUGUCCCUGGAAUUCCCUGAACGCUAUCACUGCAUAGAAAAGGGGUUUGUCCCUUUGAAUCAGACAGAGUGCCAGCUCACUGAGAUGCUGGCCAAGUUCACAGAGACAGAGGCCCUGGAAGGGAGAAUCUACGCUUGUGACCAAUGUAACAGCAAACGACGAAAAUCCAAUCCAAAACCACUUGUUCUGAGUGAAGCUAGAAAGCAGUUAAUGAUCUACAGACUACCUCAGGUCCUCCGGCUGCACCUUAAAAGAUUCAGGUGGUCUGGCCGUAAUCAUCGAGAGAAGAUUGGGGUCCAUGUCGUCUUUGACCAGGUAUUAACCAUGGAACCUUACUGCUGCAGGGACAUGCUCUCCUCUCUUGACAAAGAGACCUUUGCCUAUGAUCUCUCCGCAGUGGUCAUGCAUCACGGGAAAGGGUUUGGCUCAGGACACUACACAGCCUAUUGCUACAACACAGAGGGAGGUUUUUGGGUCCACUGCAAUGACUCAAAGCUGAAUGUAUGCAGUGUCGAGGAAGUGUGCAAAACCCAGGCCUACAUCCUUUUUUACACUCAAAGAACAGUGCAGGGCAAUGCAAGAAUCUCAGAAACCCAAGUCCAAGCUCAGGUGCAGUCCAGCAACAACGAUGAAGGCAGACCACAGACAUUCCCCUGAAUGGGAGGCAUGUAUCAAAGACUGGCUUACUUUUAAACUAUUGGUGUCCAUAUAUCUUUCCUCUUGUAGGAAAUAAGGCUUUACUGCAGGAACAGAUUACUAGGGUUUGCCUCACUGGGUCUAGCAUAGAACAUACCAGGUGAUUCAUGUCCUCAUAAAUUUCAUAGUCACUUUCUUUUGAAUGGACUUGGAAAUUCCCUCCUUUCAUAAAACAAAUCAAAAGGAGUAACUUCUAUGAAGAUUCUUUCAUCAGUUGCUUCUGAAUAUAGAGCGAUCUGGGUGUAGGAAAGAGGAGAUAAAUUGAUCAUAUCUAGCCAGGAGAGUGGCCAUACUUUCUCUCCAUUAUAUGAUGCCUCUGCUAAUAAGGACCCUCUUGCAGCACCAGAACCCUCCUGAUGUGAGCAGUCCUCAACAGAGCACAUGAGGGGCCCUAGGCUAGCAGGUUGCUGGAUGGGAUUGGUUCCGAGGUGGGUGAUGAAGUCUAAGGAAUAUUCCCACAAAGGAAGUAAGCUUCAAGAGUUGAAAACUUUUAAACUUCCUUUUUUAGGGCAUAGUAGUUGAGGAGUGGAAUGAAAUGCACGAAGCAAAUUUCUCCAUGCAAAAUGGGAGAGUUUUCACGUGUCAUACCCUCCCUGGCUGCUGCUGUCAUUUAAUCAUUCCACACUUCUCCUGAGAAUGGCAUGAACAUCCUUUCAUUCUAAAGAAGGGGCAGUUUAUAUAAGGAAGCAAUAGACUAAGUACAUGUCCUUUAUUGCAUGCUGAGCCAGAGGGCACUCCUGGCUAUCCCAGUUCUAUAGCACAGCCCUGGUUCAGGUCUAUGGCAAGUACAUGGUUUGGUUUAAAGUGGUCCUUAGGUCAGUUAUCUGAGGCUUUCUUAACUCAGUUGUGGGUGGGCAGGGAUAGCCAGUGGUACAAGGCUUAUCUGAAUGCCUAUCACCCAUUCUCACCUUGGUGCAGCAUGCAGGUUGUUAGCUUGCAGCUCCUUUCUUGCACCUGGAGAGCUAGAACAUUCAUGUUCUCAAUGUUUGGGGGCUCUUACUUUCCUAGGGCAUGGGAAUUGCUCAGGAAUCUACCCCCUACAUGUAUGAACAGUUUAUUGCUGAUGGCCUUGGCCUGUUGCCUCCCAGAUCUGAUAACCCCUAUUGUUGCUUCACCCACCCAUCCAUCAGAGAAAAAAGCAAGAGUGCCCUGUUCUCCAGUGCAAGCAAAAAUAUAUCUUUCUUUUUCAAUUGGGUCAGGUUCCAAAUGGAAUGAAAUUACCCAGAUGAACACCUCCUCAUUAGGCCCUACGGAGUGUCCCUUCUCAGUCCUUCACUUAGACUCACCUGUGAAAGUGAAGGCAAAUCCUAACUCUUGUUGCAGUGGUUGCUGCAGUGAGCCUGGAACUGUCACUAUGAAUGCUCAUCUUUUGACUGAGUAUAUCAAAUUAAUGUUUGAAUUCAGGUAGGAGUACAGUUGUCACU